AUGAUCCUGAGGCCGAAUCGCGUGCUACCUCGCCUCGGCGUCGAGCGGGCUCAAGUGAUGAGUCCAGUGCCAGCACAGUUCGGCAGCUCAGCCCCUGAAGGGCUACAUGCACGUGCGCAGAGCCUGUCGCCUCAUCGAAAGGGCUACACUCAUGACCUAUGGGAUGAGCAUGAUCAGGAACGGCUAGAGCAAGAGCAACGGGAUCAGAGCUAUGUUCGCUGCCUCUCGGAAAAGCUGGAUUUUUUGAGUCCCGAGUCCUUGAAGACCCCAUCCUUCAUCACUUCGGAAGAUCCAUCCACUUUUGUUGAGAAAACCGCUUCUCAGUCCCCACAAGGUGUCAACAAUGUCAACGGUGUCAACGGGAUCAAUGGUGUGUGCGUGGCAAAUCCUGGGAGUGUUGGGCACCCAGAGUUAUGCCGCCGCCCAUGCCUUCAUUUCAACGCCGGCUACUGUGGUCAUGGGAGCAGCUGCAACUUUUGUCAUGAGACGCAUCCUCAGAAGGCAGCAAAACUUGACAAGAGGCAGAGAGAAAUCAUGCAGAACUUGCACAGCAAAGAGGCAGCUGCUUUGAUCUUUGAGUACGUGAAAGCAAGGGUCCUCCAGGCAGACAUAGAGGGAGGACAAAGGCUGGUGGACUUGUUGGAAGUUGAACGAAAAGGUGCCGACACCACCUGCAUUCAUCCACGAGACCUACGCCAUCUUCGCAAGACAAUGAGCCGCCUGAAUCUGUAUAGCCUCCUGGGAAUUUUUACUAGCAAAUCUUCCCUCUAUCCUCAGGAAGAGCGUUCUAAAUGGUUCAAAGGCUGCGUGACAGCGACGCGGCUACAGUGUUCCGGGAGUUUGAAGAAUUUAUGUCAUGCACGCACCGCGGACCGCACCGAGGUGCAUCUCAGAGUCGACACCAAGAGAGCGGCAGUUUUCGAGCUACAGGUGGAAGAGCUGCCCGAGGUGAAAAAGCCACCCUCGCCUUGUGUGUGGAUGGAAGUGGAUUUGGACAAUGAAACCGUGAGAUGCAAUGAGCAUCGUCAAUGGUGGAAAAGGGCUCUCGCACAGAGGAAUGAAGAGGAGUUGCCGCCAAUGCCGACAAAGGCACGCGCCGUGACAGAUGUGGAAAGACGGCGAUUGCGAGAACGCUACGAAUGCGUUGCAUCACUCUGGCGUGAGCUGAGUGUUGACAACGAGGUCCUGCAUACCAUCCUGGGCUAUGGUGUAGAGGGACGCACCUUGGUCGUGACACACCAGACGGCACCAACCUUCACGGGUUUGCGGGACUUUACCUUCAAAAAGGAUAGCUGUCAUCUUUUGCUCACACAGGCAGUCAAGGCGUUGGUCUACUUGCACGGACAGAACUUGGCCCAUGGACAUCUGUGCCCCGAGAGCUUCCUGGUGGAUGAUGGAGCAAAGUUUGAAAAACGGGUGCGCCUGGUGUGGAUACCAGGACAGAGGCGCAUCGAAGGGUCCCGACGUGUUCCGGCCACCCUGGGCUUUAAAGGUCCUGGGGAAGACUGCAGCCCGGAAAGUGACAUUUGGUCCUUUGCCUGUGUACUUUUGGUUUGGUAUUUCAACUUCACCCCUGCGCCUCAUCCCUGGUUUCAAUUUGUGAAAUGUCAGCAAUUGAGACAGGCCAUCCAAGAGGCCUUGGGGCAGAAGCAACCAGAACUUCCACAGGCGUUGCUGGACCUACACGGUUCGGCUGCGGCAGCAGAUGAGAAUGACGCGCAUGUGCUGCUAGUCGCACAAGUGUGCACCAG